UUCUCGAAAAUGUUCCACGCGCUGCGAGUAACAGUUGAUAACAACGUUCUGUGAGGAACUCGCGGUCGUGACUGUUUGAUUUGCCGCUCCUCGUCAUGGCAGGUUUUGUCCAAAAGUUGUUGCUGCGAACCGGUUGCUUAUGUCGCGUUAAUUCGGCGAGACAGGUUUCUGCGGCACUUAGAAAGAAAUCCACUUUCAACUGGGAAGAUCCGUUCGAUCUGGAGUCGCAGCUGACGCAGGAUGAGAUUCUCAUGAGGGAUCAAUUCCGCUCGUACUGUCGGGAGCGACUUCUUCCGCGUGUGAUCGAGGCGAAUCGCAAAGAGUACUUUGACCGGGAGAUAAUGAAGGAAAUAGGUCAGCUCGGAGUGUUGGGCGGCACCAUAAAGGGUUACGGAGCCGCGGGAGUGUCUUGGGUGGCUUACGGACUUCUGACCAAGGAAGUCGAGAGCGUCGACAGCAGCUAUCGAUCCGCGAUAUCGGUGCAAUCAUCCCUAACGGCCGCCGCUAUUUAUAUGUUCGGCAGCGACGCUCAAAAAGAGCAAUAUCUGCCUAAGCUGAUUACCGGAGAGCUUAUCGGGUGCUUCGGUUUGACGGAACCUAAUCACGGCAGCGAUGCAGGAUCUAUGGAGACCAGAGCCACUUACGAUCCCGACAAAAAAGUCUACCGAUUGUGCGGCAGCAAAACAUGGAUCACGCAUUCGCCUAUCGCCGACGUGUUGCUAAUAUGGGCGAAGUGCAACGACGAGAUUCGCGGAUUCAUCGUCGAUAGAAAGACUGCGGGCGAUCGAUUGUCCACUCCGAAAAUCGACGGGAAGUUUUCUCUGAGAGCGUCCAUUACCGGAAUGAUUCUGAUGGACAACGUAAUUGUGCCCGAGGAUAAGGUGCUGAACGUUCAGGGACUCAGGGGACCGUUUAGUUGUUUAAAUAACGCUCGACUCGGCAUCGCUUUUGGCGCUCUGGGCGCGGCGGAAACUUGCCUGAAGAUCGCGCGAAGUUACACUCUGGAGAGACAUCAAUUCAAGAGACCGCUGGCGGCGAACCAACUGGUGCAGAAGAAACUGGCGGAUAUGAUGUGCGAGAUCGCGAUCGGUCUUCAAGCCUGCCUGCGAGUUGGCAGACUGAAGGACGAGAAUAGAGCAACGCCGGAAAUGAUUUCUAUCAUCAAGAGGAACUCGACUAUGAAGGCGCUGGAGAUCGCACGAAACGCUAGGGACAUGCUGGGUGCAAACGGGAUUUCGGAUGAGUAUCACGUGAUCAGGCACAUGAUGAAUUUGGAAACCGUGAAUACUUACGAAGGUACGAGCGAUAUUCACGCGUUAAUUCUUGGAAGAAGAAUUACUGGCAUUUCUGCAUUCUCUAAUUAAAAUUAUUCUUAAUACGUAAUAACUAUCUUUGUAUAUAUAUAUAUAUCAAUUACAAAAGAUAUGUAAUGUGAGCAAACAUAAUAACAAUGAUAAUAAUCACAAAAAAUAAUUAAAGAUAUCAUGCAUUUGUACGUAAA